CCCUCCGCACAGAAAACGGGAAGGCGAACCAUGGCGGCUUACAAAGCGAGGUUGCAGGAGUUUGACAGGAUCCUGAGCCAAGAUGUGGUAGACCUAAAAGCGCUCCGGAGGUUGUGUUUCACUGGAGCCCCAGAGGAAGGUGGAAGACGAGCCUUGUGCUGGAAGCUAUUGCUGAAUUACCUGCCGUUAGAUACCAACCAGUGGGAUGAAACUCUGCGCAAGAAGAGAGCGCAAUACCAGCAUUUUGUGGAGGAGAUGGUGGUGGAACCGGCCAGACUGAGCAAGAAUGGCAGUGGCAACAACCACGUGGACGACCAUCCACUGAAUCCCAACCCAGAUUCUCAGUGGGGGUCGUUCUUCAAGGACAACGAGGUCUUGGCACAAAUAGACAAAGAUGUCAGACGACUCUGUCCAGACAUCAUGUUCUUUCAGCGUGGGACAAACUACCCUUGCAGACUGAUUGUCGAUGACCAAGACGUGGAGAGACUGAGUCAUCGUGUCACUCACUCUUCCCUCACGGCAUCAUCGGUUACAAGAAAGGGACUAGGGAUCACAAAGAUGGAAUCAGUAAGCCGUCGCUCAACCACAACAGAGGACUACCAUCCACUCUCACCUGGAUCUGAAGCACACUGGGAAGUUGUAGAACGGAUUUUGUUCAUAUACGCAAAGCUCAAUCCAGGGCAGUCGUAUGUGCAGGGGAUGAACGAAAUUAUUGGGCCCAUUUACUACACAUUUGCGAGUGAUCCCAAUGAAGCCUUUAGAGAAAUGGCCGAAGCUGACUGCUUCUGGUGCUUCAUCUCAUUAAUGGGCGAGAUCAGGGACUUCUUCAUCCGCACACUGGAUGAGAGUGAAAGUGGCAUUGGGGCUAUGAUGAACAGGCUAAUGGCCAACCUCAGACAGCACGACCACCAACUCUGGGAUCGGCUGCGUGUCCAGGAGCUCAAGCCGCAGUUCUUCAGCUUCAGAUGGUUGACCCUUCUGCUGUCCCAGGAGUUUGACCUCCCAGAUGUCAUCCGGGUAUGGGACUCCCUCUUUGCCGACACAGACCGCUUCAGUUACCUCAUCCAAGUGUGCACUGCGAUGAUGGUGACACAGCGAGAUGUUAUGAUGGAAAAUGACUUUGCUGGUAAUAUGAAAAUACUACAGCAUUACCCUCCAGGCGAUAUCCAGGUACUCCUGAGCAAAGCCACAGAACUAGUGGAGAGCAAUGGUGAGGCGGGGAUUGGCACCGAGGCAUCGAGUUGACAUUUCCGAUCUGCAUCUUACGAGGGGCCCUACAGCG